ACACGCCUUGGACACGGGCCUCGCUUUACUGGUCUCUCUUUCCUGGCAACUCCUACAAGUCAUGGGCUAUGAGAUUGCCCUCCUCUCUGUUCUAGAAGCGUUGGCCUUUGAGGCCCUAGGUUCUUUCUCCACGUUUCCUACAUACAGGACUUGGAGGCUGACUGCAAACACAAGGUGCGGUUGAUGAAAAGGCUUUCAGGUCUGGAUCCUGCCCUGUGAUUUGAGGACAGUUCCCAGGAGAGUGAUGAGUGGGUUGUGCAGUGGAGCUGCCUAGGAUGACUGGGAGAGUUUCCUGUGACGGACAGGCAGAGUCCAGGAAGUGGCAGGUAAGCUGCCUAGGAUGACCGGGAGAGUUUCCUGUGACGGACAAGCAGAGUCCAGGAAGUGGCAGGAGAAGAGAGGAAGGGGGCCACGCUGAACCAGACGUGUCCAGGAGCUCUCCUCCCAAUGCCAUAUGAGGCUGCCCCUCAGCCCCAGCACGGAGCCAGUGGCCGCGGAGCCCUUGGAGAUGGCUUUGCUCAGCAGUGUCCUGGCAGCCUGUUCCUAUAUCUCAGUCCAGGACCCAAGCCCAGGGAAUGGUGCCGCCCACCGUGGGCUCCAGCUUCUCACAGCCAUUAAGAUCAGCAAGACAAUCUUCCACAGGCAAACCUGCUCUAGACAGAUUCUCUUUGUGACUCUCUUCCCAGAAAACCCUGAGCGAGCUGCUCUGUACUUCGUCUCUGGCGUGUGCAUCGGUCUAUUCCUGACCUUGGCUGCCUUGGUGAUGAGGAUCUCCUGCCACACUGACUGCCGGCAGGGUCCCCGGAGGAGGUGCUUGCAGGACCAGGAGAGUAGCAGCGACAGCAGCGACAGCGAGGAUGGCAGCGAGGACACGGCCUCGGACCUGUCGGUGCGCAGACACCGCCGCUUUGAGAGGACUUUGAACAAGAACGUGUUCACCUCUGCAGAGGAGCUGGAGCGUGCGCAGCGGCUGGAGGAGCGCGAGCGUAUCAUCAGGGAGAUUUGGAUGAACGGGCAGCCCGAGGUGCCUGGCACCAGGAGCCUAAACCGCUACUACUAGGGCACAGUGUGGACCCCAGAACCUUUGCAGGCCACCAGGAAAAGAGAGUGGGUUGUGCAGGCAGGGACAGUUUGUAUAAGGGGAGCCAGCUCUGCUAAUGUGUCUGACCGGCCUGCUUUCCCAGGGGCACCGGGGUUUGCUUUAGACUCUUAACUCUGGAGAAACCCAAGCAGGAGCACCUGCCUUUCUAGACACCAACGUGAGAACACCAGCCCAACCUUUCCAGGUCUGGGAAUGGUGCUGAGACUUCCUCUCCAGCCACCUGACAACCAUGUGACAAGCUGAAAGGACAGAUGGUCCUUCCUACUUUCUGAGGCGCUCAGAAGUUUGCGCAGACUUUCCGCUGCAUUUCCUUUACAAAAGGAAAAAAAAAUCUCAUGGCUGGAGAGCUGGGGAUAUCAGGGUGAACUUGACCCAGAAAAUGCAAUGGAAGUGGUUUGAUUGAGAUAGCAUGAUCUGUGCUAAUUAUUUAAAGCUAAUUUUUAAAAUGAAAAAAUCGUGGCAACCUCUGCAUUUUGACUGACAACUCAGGGAUUAAAAUCCUAUUGUUUAGUCUAGUUCCCACCUCAUUCAUGAAAAUGAAUAGAAUUUACGGCAUUAUGAGAUGUAUUGGUGACUUAGGAUAACAUCAAUAACCUCAAAGGAUAAAGGGUUUUAUUUUUUAGUUGUUUAUAAGGUAUGUAUUGACAAGUGUAUUUGAAAAUGCUGCAUAAAAACAAGCCGUGUGCCCUUCCAUUUUGGAAAGAAGAAAAGUUCCUCAUGACUUCAGAGACUUGUGCUAUUUAAAUAAUAUUUUGUUUUUUUUUUAAUAAAAAAGCAGUUUGGAUUUCCAAGAAAAGAAUGGAAACCAGAGGUGAGGAUGAAAGCCAAAAUUAAAAUGGUAUCUAAAAUAAACAUUCCAUGAACAUC